AUGCCCAAGUCAAGACGCGCAAAGGUCGUCCACCUUACCCAGGUCGACAAGAAGACGCGCGAGAACAAGGACAAGCUCUUCCAGAACAUCCGCGACACUGUCCCCGAGUACCAGAACUGCUUCGUCUUCAGCGUUGACAACAUGCGAAACAACCACCUCAAGGAUGUUCGACGUGAGCUCUCUGACUGCCGUGUCUUCUUUGGCAAGACAAAGCUCAUGGCCAAGGCCCUUGGUCAGACUCCCGAGGAGGCUAUCGCUCCUGGAAUCGAGCACCUUAGCAAAUACUUCACCGGCACUGUCGGCCUAAUUUUGACCAACCGUCCCGCCGAAGAAAUCCUCACUUACUUUGAGAACCUCGCUCCUGUCGACUUUGCCCGCGCCGGCGCCGUCGCCACCCGCGACUUCUCUAUUCCUACUGGUGUCGUCUACGCUACCGCCGGCGAGGUCCCCGCCGAGCACGAUGUUCCUCUGGCGCACACCAUCGAGCCCGAGCUGCGACGUCUUGGUGUCCCUACCCGCAUGGUCAAGGGUCGAGUCGUUCUUGGUGAUGAGUCUGGCCAGGGUGAGGAGUACACUGUCUGCAAGGAGGGUGAUGUUUUGGAUUCGCGACAGACAAGGUUGCUCAAGCUCUUUGAUAUGUGCAUGAGCGAGUUCAAGGUCAAGGUGCUAGCAUACUGGAACGCUGGCAGCUCUGAGGUGACAGAAGUCAACACCAAUGCUAUGGACGAGAAUUAG